AGUGUUUGUAUGUCGGCUGGCUGACAACGUUGGACUGUGUCAUGCCGUCGAAAUGGCUAGUAAUACAUUGUGUUGUUUUGCAAAGAAAUUGCCAUUUCUAACAGUCGGGUUUCAUGCAGAAAGGUUUGUGUGUAGUACCUUGUCAGUUUCUCAAACACGAGGAUAUGCGAAGAAAGUUGCUGCCAAAAAGGGCAAAGGGAUGGUUAAGGAAGUCCUGAAGGGCCCAGAGGUGUGUACAGACCCAAUUAGAUUGACCACACAUGCAGUGGGAGUGAAUGUCUUUAAACAGGGCGAGGAUCCUCCAUUGAAGCCACGUGAAGAGUACCCAGAAUGGUUGUUCCAGCUCAACUUGGGCCCCCCAAAAAAGCUCUCAGAAGUCGAUCCAGAGAGUCGUGAAUACUGGAAGAUAUUGAGAAAAGAACACAUGUGGCGCUUCAACAGAUUAAACAAAGGCAAAAAACUGUAGAGAUUGUGACCGUCUUGUUGGCUAGAAAUCAAAGAACUGACUUUUGUCUCCUUUUGAUAUCAUCAACCUCCAGAUAGGAUCCACCCACACAAGUCGCUUACUGUUGAGUUGUACUUUUACCGGAUCCAACAUUCAGCAUGGCCUGAGAGGAAUGUACUUUUUUUUUUUUUUUUACAGAUAUUACUGACAUUUGUUCUGUGUGGUAACUUGCAUAGAAAAACAAAAUUGGAUGUACAUAUCUUGUGUGUUACUAUAUGAAACAAUAUGUAAAGCCUUUUUGUUUUUCAUUCAAAAUAAGAAAUAAAUAUGUUACACACUAAUAGUUGUUGAACUAGAAAUUGUUGAAUGAUUUCGCAUAUUUAUUCAACUGAUUCUAAUGUGUGAUUAUACAUGCAUUUGGUGUUCAGUUAUAAUUUGGUAAAUAAAGCUCAAUCAGUUAACAAUG